AUGGUUUCUUCAAGAGAGCUCUUUAGGGAUGCUGCCAAUUUUUUUUUUUAUUUCUCUUUGUUUCUUCAUGUUUUUAUCCUCAACUUGGUGUAUUCUAAAUGCCCAAAAAGUUUCCAGUGUGGAAAUCUUGGCAAUUUGGAGUUUCCUCUGGCAGAUUUUUCACAACCGGAAUGUGGGUUGUUCAAGGUUGAGUGCAAUGGUCUUCCGUAUCCAAGAAUUCACAUAAAUAUUGAAAGGAUAUCGCCACCAUAUGAGAUACUGUCCUACAUGUCUACCAAUCAAGCAUUGAUUCGAGACACUGUUUUUGAAAGUCUUUUGACAAGCUGCGAUGACUUCGAUAUAUAUUACGCCAAUUCAAAUGAAAGUCUUCCGCCCCCAAUUCCGAAUGUUUGUUCUGUUCUUUACUUGCCAAUCAAAUCACAGCCUAUAUCAGAUUCAGAUUUGCCCGACCGGUUAGGCAUCGAUUAUAAUAUAGAAUGGAAUCUGUCGAAUGGUUGUAUUGAUUGCCAUCGAGAGGGAGGACAGUGUACAGCUGACCAAAAUAAUGGAUUUCGAUGUGUAAAAGCUGCAGGAAGGAGUAAAUUGAAACUGGUUUUUGUUGCAGGUGCUUCAGCUACAGCGAAUGAGGCUCUCCAUGGUUCCAUCAGCGGUGCAACAUCUGAUAUUCUUUCUACUUUAUGGUUUUGCAAGAGAUACAAGCAACCCUUUAGAAUAAAUGGGAGUCAUUAA